AUGGCGGGAGAGGACGUGUUGUUAAUAGAGGCCGGUGGAAAUCCUGACAUGAUCACAAGGAUUCACGGCGCUACAAUGGCUUUAAUGGGCAGCAAACUUGACUGGUACUACAAAACCAUUCCCAAUAAUGUAUCUUGUCUCUCCUCGAUCGACCAGCAGUGCCGUUUCAGUCACGGCAAAUGCUUAGGUGGUUCCACGAGUAUUAACUACAUGAUGUACGUACGAGGCAGUCGUAAUGACUUCGAUAGAUUGAAUAUCACAGGCUGGACCUGGGAAGAUAUGAAACCAUACUUUUUAAAAUAUGAAGGAUUGGAGGACUUAGAUCGUCUACCGUCAUCUUCCGAGCCCUACCAUAACACCGAGGGUUUAGUUCAUGUUGGAUUUUUCGAAGACCCGAAAAAUGAUUGGCAUGGGAGAAUUAUCGGAGGUUAUACAAGUUUAAGUUUUCCUUACAACGAGGAUGUUAAUGCGUUAAGUCAGAUCGGUGUUAGUAAAAUUCUAGGCUACGUGUCUGGAGGUGAGCGCGUCAGUACAGCUAGAGCAUAUCUGACUAGAAAGGAUGUUAAGAAAAAUCUAAAACUGGCUAAAAAUACGUUUUGCACUGGUGUCAUAAUAGAUCGGAAUCGAGUAGCAAAGGGUGUGACAGUGCAGAACUUGGGCUUUCCAUUAAGUUUGAAGGCAAGAAAAGAAGUUAUUUUGUCAGCAGGGACCAUUGGGACACCCCAAAUAUUAAUGCUUUCAGGCAUAGGGCCAGCUGAUCAUUUACGUGAUUUUAACAUACCUGUACGGAUAAAUUUGAAUGUAGGAGGCGAUAUGAGUGAUCACGUAUUUCCUUUGCUUUUUAUUAAAGUCGACAAAGAUGUAGAUAAAUAUUCAGCUCUAUUUACUUUGACGUCUCAAGGAACAGCAGGUGUGGAAUGGUUGUCGACACAUAAAGGUUCCUUGGCGUCAAAUGGUCUUACCGACGUAACGGUAUUCGUCAACACAAAAUGUUACGAUUUUAACAGAAAACGGAUUACCAAUGAUAGCGCUGGCUGUGAGUUACCAACUUUACAGUUCAUACACGCGUUUAUACCAAGGACACUAUUGGUUAUAGGUAGGCCAUUCAUAUCACUUGGGCUGGACUUUAAUAAUGAAGUGUUAGAUCAAUUAGUUGAAACAAAUAAAAAAUAUGCAUUCAUAGUAAUGUCUCCAGUGGUGCUGCAACCGAUGUCACGGGGAACUGUGCGUCUGGCAAGUGCCGAUCCACUCGUCCCACCAGCUAUAACACCAAACUAUUUACAAAAUCAUACAGAUGUAGAAGAAAUGGUGCGUGCCAUCAAUAUCGUUGAAGACCUUUUGGAAACACCACAAUUUAAGCAACAGAAGGCGUCGCUUCUUCGUCUUAACUUAUUCGGAUGCAAAGGUUUAGAUGGCAAUGAUUAUUGGCGAUGUUAUUCGAGACACAUGACAUAUUCAGUGUACCACGCAGUGGGUACAGCAGCACUGGGAAGAGUGCUGGACGAGGAAUUACGUGUUAUUGGUAUUAAAAAUUUGCGGGUAGCGGAUGCAUCUGCGAUGUCUCACCUGCCUCGUGGAAAUACUGCUGCGACUGUGAUAGCUUACGGCGAAAGACUAGCUGAUUUUUUAUUAAAAUCUAAAUGA